UUGCACGGCUUUGUUUGUUGUUGUGUUUUUAUUUCUAUUCGCCGUGUUUUUGAGAUAAUUAAAUUAAUAAUGUAAUAUUUGUAUCUAAGUAGUGUAUUUGAAAGCGCCAAUAUCUCAGUUUACUGAAUAUAUUUCCUGUAAAAUGGAGAGCUACGAUGUUAUAUCUUUCGUUGGUGAAGGAUCGUUCGGUCGAGUUUUUAAAGCAAAACAUAAAGAAACUGAUGAUGUUGUGGCAUUAAAAGUUAUAAGAAAGAAAGGCCGCUCUUCCAAGGAUUUGAAGAAUUUGAGGCAAGAAUGUGACAUUCAGAGGCAGCUUAAACAUCCCAAUAUAAUUCGUAUGAUAGACAGCUUUGACACCGAGUCGGAGUUGGUAGUGGUUACUGAGUAUGCUGAAAAGGAGCUACAUAGCAUCUUAGCUAAAGAAGGUUGUCUAAAUGAAGAGCAAGUGAAGAAAAUCACAUGGGACUUGGUGUCUGCAUUGUAUUAUUUGCACUCUCAUAGAGUUUUGCACAGGGACCUAAAACCUCAAAAUGUGCUAUUAGAUAGUACAGGUCGGGCGAAGCUGUGUGACUUUGGAUUAGCAAGACUAAUGACCAACACUACACAUAUUUUAACAUCCAUCAAAGGUACUCCUCUAUACAUGGCACCUGAAUUAAUUGAAGAGAAGCCUUAUGACCACCAGGCAGACCUAUGGUCUCUAGGAUGUAUAGUAUACGAACUGAUGGCAGGCCAACCCCCAUUCUGUACUAUGUCCAUACUGCAGCUAGUGCAUAUGAUAAAACAUAAACCGGUACAAUGGCCAAGUUUUAUCAGCAUGAAAGCUCGGUCCUUUUUACAGGGCUUACUUCAUAAAGAUCCUAUGAAGAGAAUGAGUUGGCCAGAAAUUUUAGAGCACCAGUUUGUAGCUGGCCAUGUGCUUAUUCUACCAGAAGAUGUCCAGAGUGAAUCUCCAUUCACCAAACCCCUAACUCAUAGUCAGCAGGAAGCUAAACAACUCCAAAGGGAUAAAAUAAAUACUAAUGCAAGGUUAAUGAAGAUGGAAGGAGAAUCAAUUAAAACUGAAAGAAGGGAACAUGAUCUUCGUAACAUCCGCGUAAUGCAGGCAAUGGAGUGUGUGCCGAUGUCAGACGACGAUAGUGUCAGAGCAACCAGUGCGUUCAGUGUCCGAGACAGUCUCAAAACUGAUGACGAAGACCAAUCGCAACCCAUCACUGCUGCCAACGCAAAGUUGCUAAGACACGAAUACAAUGUAAUGAACAACUCGAAUCUCGUAGUUUGCAACUUAGAAAAAAACAUGGCUCAAUUAAUGCGUGCCAACAAAAAACAAAAUGAUGCAAAUUUGAAUAAAAUGGAUAAAAUUGUUGAAGAAAAACAGAAUGUAGAGAAAAUUUCUGAUGAAUCAAAGACUGAAAGUGCCAACGACAAACCAGUAGCUGAUGUAAAACAAAAGGUGAAUGCGGUUGACACUGCUUCCCAUAGCUUGGAGAACCCCAAAAGUUCAACGAAAUGCAGUAGCGAUAUUAGUUCGGGCUUGAGUAAAAGUGUCCCACCGUCUUAUAAACAGAAGCUGUUGCAAUUUUCAAGAGAUAAAUUGCGGUUUGGUAGUGGGGGAAACAGACUGACCAGAAGUAUUAAACGAUCAUUCCAUUUUAGCAGAAGUUGGGAUAAAAACAAGCAUGAUACUCAAAGACACACAUCCGAGCCUAAUGUGGAGAUUCCGAGUUUGAUUGAUACAGAUAAAGAAAAAUGUUCUAAAGAGGAAAAGGAUGAGGACAGCGAAAAAUGUGAUGUCAUUGAAGAGACAUCAGAUGAUAAAGAGAUUGCUAAUAAUGAUCGAAUGAUUAAGCCUGAAGAAAAACAUGAAGCUAAAGAGCCAUCUUCAAUAGAAUUGGAAGAGUGGGAAGCAUUCUUAAACUCUAAUAUUACUGAGGUUAUGGAUGGCGAUGUGGAGUCUCUCACGCAACUUAAUAUGGUGAGCAUGGUGAUAGGCGUGGUAGGCAGCGCCGCUAAAGGGACGAAGGGGGCUCGCGUGUGCGGCGCCGUGGCCGCGCUAUUGGCGCUACCCGCGCUAGUUCAUACUCUGCCUAGGCAUACGCUUUUGAACAUUCAGGAUGUGUAUCUAGAAGCGAAAGUGGUGUAUAAUUUUGUGGCAGCAAUUAACACUUUGAUGAGGAAUAACAAAGAUUCUGACGACGGUUCUGAAGAAAAGCUGCAAGGCGUCGGGCGCAUGCUAGAAGUGUGUUCGUGGCUGUGCGUGCGUUCGUGCCGCGGCGUGCGCCAGUUCGCGCUCGCGCUCGCCACCUACAACGCGCAUCCCGUGAUCACCGCGCUGCUGAUGCAGUAUUCCAAGAUCCCCCGGAUCGUGUUAAACAUCAUCGGCAUCCUCAUAACCGUACUCCAGGACUUACCAGAACAUGCUGACGUCGUCGAGAAAGUUCUAUUCGACAGCGAGAACUUCAACUUCUUAACCCUUCUAGAAGAAUCUAGCGACGCCCUCCGAAUGCGAGUCUGCAUACUCAUAAGUCUUCUGUGUACAUUUUCCUGUACCGCUUUCUCUGUAGCCAUGGAAUCUAAGUGGAGUAAGAAAGAAAGUGACAAUCUGGAGGCUUUGCAUAGCCAUUGCAAUGUCACACUGAACAGGGCAGCUAGGCUGGCCACUAAAGAGCUAAGUAACAUGCCCUUUUAUGUGUGCUAAGUAUUAAAAUGGAUCUUCUAAUGUAGAGAGUAAGACUUACUUUUAUUUUUGAUGACUUGCUGAUAUGAUUUUACAUUGUAUUUAUUUAGACAAUGUAUGUCAAUAGUAUCACGUAAUGUA